AGUGAUUUUCGCAGUGGCAAUAUUUUUGUUUAAUGAAAGUGAAAAAAAAACCGUCAUCGGCCGUGGUGUGUCUUGAAUUUAUUCCAACCAAACCAUAAGUUACGAAGCGGACGAAGCACAACACAAUCAAAUCUUUUGUGUCGCCCGCGUGCGUGUUUAUAAUUCAGUUUCGUCAGCCAGCAGACGCUGACACGGCCAGAAUUCUGUGACUUUGUUUACCUAUUGGCUUGGCAGAUUACACUGAGUCAUCAGUUUACAGACCCGUAAAGAAGAUAAGCGCUUGUGAAAUAUUCAGUUCAAAAUGGAGUGAUUGUUUCAUUACUGUUUCUGAUAGUUGAAAUAAAAAUCAAGUUCUACCAACUAAGUUGUAAAUCACAACACAACAAUGGCCACACUAGAGAAGCCAAAAGUCAAGAAACCGAAAGCCAAACUAAAACCUCUCGUGCUGCCGGACGUCCCGUCCGGUGACCCACUGGAAGAGGACGGCGAGGAUGAGCCGUUCGAGCCCCUAGCGGCAGUGGAGAUUGAUUUUCCCAGUACUUCUACCUCGGAGGAAGCUCCGAUCGUGGUUGGAACGAAUGCAGCAGACGAAGCAGAAACGAAUUUUUCUGAAUCGGAAAAAGUUUUUCAGUCGGAAGAUGUACCUGAGGAGGAACAGGUGGAGGUUGUUACGGUGCCUACGGCACCCGUUAUAGAGGAUCGUGCUGUUGAUGUGCAGACAAACGAACGACCUGUGGCUCAACUUGCUCAGCAAGUUGAACCACUCUAUCCGAAUUUGAGUGAGCUGAAAAUCAGAGAUUUUCAACCGGUAACAGAUGUAGGAAUUAGUGCGGGUGUAUUGCAACCUUUUACCCGCCAACAACUGGCUCAGUUCUACCGGGUGGAUGAAGAACUUCGACUGGCGGAGGCUUUCGAACAGGAGUUUCUCACUCGAGAACUGGAUGGAAGCGAUCAAUACUGUGGUCAUCCUCUGUAUCAACUGCUGCAGCGAUAUGCUAAGGCCCGUGCUGAUUUGAGCUUGAACAUGCUCGAGUUGGAUGCCUUGCGACGUAAGAGCAAGUUGCUGGAAAAAGAUCUGUGGGUAUUGAAGGACCAUGUCUUUGCCGGGACUGAUACCUGCGCUGAUGGGAAGCUUCUGCGGGCUUGUCAUCAUACCACUGUGGCUUCUCUGGAGGAAACGGUCCUUGCCGAGUAUGUCAGCACGUUGGAGGAACUGAUGAGGCAGUCCUGCGUUCACAGCAAUCGCAGUGCUUACGAAGUGGCCUUUAGUCGGCUUAUGAUUGAACAGAAGAUUUUCGAUACCCUUAAUCUUCAUCCCGUGCUGGGUGGACUCCAGCCUAACGCUCCGGUCGCGCUUAAUCCUAGCUUCGUCGAUCCCGUACCGAUGACGGCUGCCAUCGGAGAGCUUCGGCUGUGUAUUUCGAUUCUGUUCACGUUUCUUCGCAAGGGUAUCACCGACAAGCGCUUUCUGACGGAUGUCAAAGCAUGGACCGGGAAGCUAGUGGCUACGCAGCUGCGGAUUGCCACCACCCACGAUCAUCUGUUUAUAUUGUUCCACGUUUUGCGCAGUCCAAGCGGGAUUUCUAGCUGGGCUACAAAACUGGUUCAGAUGCCAGUUGGGGAACAGUUUCAGUGGGGUUGCGGGGAAUUCCAACACGCACUGGUAGUGGCGGCUUCAAUUCUGCUUCCGGUUAAGAAGAGAAAUGACUUUCUCGAAAAGCUAAAGAUGGAAAUGAAUCGCUCGAUCGAUGUUGUUCAGGAGGAAAUGUGGGCCAUCGUGGACAGUGACGGAGAGGACUGCGGUGGAUCGGAUUCGAUUUCCGAACUCAAGGAAGCGGAUAUGGUAGCGCUGAUCGAUCAGAUCCCCUUCGGAAGGCUGUUUUGUGCGAUUACCCAAGUCGAACGGAGGCAGGAUGGUACCUUUCACAUGAAUGACGAAGCUGUUAGUGGAAAUUAUAUACUAAAAUGUGUUGCCUUUGGAUCGAUUUUUGUCGAACUACUAGGAAACGGUUUGAUGACUUAUGACGCCGAUCGGUAUCGGCAAUUCGCCAAGCGUUUGGCUCGACUGAUUAAGCAUACCGUAUAUUACGUAAGUGAUCUCUACCGGCUCCUGGGAGAACGCAUCAAAAGCGGCCAGCUGGUGCUGGAUUCCAACCAGCAAAUGCGCAUUAGUUUGGAGUUUGAUGUGUUCGUUGUUAGAGCAGCUCAGUACAUUUACCGUUCGAGAAAGAUUGGCACAUGGCAAUUCCUUUCGGGAUUUCCGUUCGAUCAGCUUAGCAUUGGCGCCCUCUGGAAGCUUUACUACUGUUUGCAUCUCGAUGAAUUUCGCGAGGAAUUGAUCGCCGACGCGGGACGCGAUUUUCGGGCCUGCUGCACUGGAGCAGAUCAACGGGAACGAUUCCGUAGCAGUCUGCUCGAAAUGCCUUCGGAAGAUUGCUACUAUUUGCUGCAAAUUUUCUCCAACAUGGCUCUGGCUAGAGAGUUAAACGACUUCGAAUUUAUUGAGGCGAUAGCUUUGAAUCUAUUUGACAUUGGCUACCUUAACGAGCACACCAAAGAUUUCUGCUACAAAGCUGUGAAAGACCUUCUGUUGAAUGUUGUCAUCAAGUAUCCGUCGCUGGUUUCGAACUUACUGCAAUCGCUCAAGCAGGAAGUCGCUUCCGCCGACCAGUCGGCGAUGUACAUCUUUAAAUCGCUGCCACUGGAUCUGUGGCGACCGCAGUGGGCCGACUUCGAGCUGCUGGCAAGCUGGAUCCUAAACUAUGCCUUCGAUACCAUACAAAGCUCGACGGCGCGGGUCAUUCUGAUACAUCUGAAUUACAACUUCGAUCGAAACAACGAGCUCUUCCUUCCGCACGACAUCCACGUACGGAUCGCCUGCUUGGUAACGGAGGUCUACACCAAACAUGUGCCCGAGCUGCUGGGCGCAUCGCAAGGUCUGGCCGCCUCCGUUGGUAAUUUGGUGAAAAGCCGAGCAGCCCAGGAGCAGUUUCUAGCGUGGUGCUGGAACAUGGUCGGCCUGCUGCGGUUGCACUGUAUGGACCAAAGUUCGGAAGCCAUAACGGAGAUGAUGAAGAAUCCGGCCCUCAUUCUGCGCCAUGUUCUCGAGCUGGAACGAGCGCAACAGAUCUACCAGGGUGUUACCGAAAAUCGGCCUCUCGCUAUCUAUCUGGCGAUUUUGAUUAGCCAGUGGGGGCACUCCGUGCCCCAGAUCUGUCACAAGGGUUUCGAGCAGAUUCGGCUUCUGCUGAACGAUCAUCGGUACACCGUUGUUUUGCGCUGUCUGCAGCUGAUUACGCCGCUGUUUGUUGAGUGCCCGGAUAGUCUGAGCCGUUGCGAAGCCUUUAAAUCAAUUUUGUUGAGUUUGAUUGCGGCUGAUAGGUACUACGCCCGAUUUACCAAGGAUCAGUUUCGACCGGAGUCGAAUACUCCUUUGCUUGAGAUGCUCAAAUGUAUGAUUCUUUCGCAAAUCACCAACUACACCUGCUACGGUUUGAGUUCGCCUACGCUUCUUAUCAACGUUUGGAUGCUUUGUUUUACCGAACUUCCGAACUGGACCAAAGAUUCGGCAGUUAUUGGCCUGAUAGAUGCCAUGAUGGGAGUUGCUUAUCAGUUUCCCGACGCGUGGCAUUCCAUGAAGGAGUUCUUUCGACCAUAUUUUUCCCGUUUUGAAGACAUCAAAGCUUCAAAGCCCUCCGGUCUGUUAAACCUCUUAACCGCAAGUCCAACCGAUCUGUUCAGCAACCCCUCGCCUAGCACCGUGUUUCUUUCACUUUUUACUCUCGAACUAGAGUAUGAAAUCACCGAGAUUCAAACCCGACUGUGGCACGAAACUUUGCGGGCCAUUGCGCUGCCCGGCAGUUGUUCCAAAGUGUCCUUAGAGACAGCCCUUAAGAAGGCAACCUCAAUCCUGGGCUACCCAUCGUUUCCCGUCACCUCACUGACGCUGUACAAACUCGCCAAUCUAGUGGCCAGCUGUUCGAUCAAAACCUACAUGUAUCCGAUUGUCUGUCAGCUGUUUUUCACCAUUUACCUCUCGCGAGUUCCGCUGGGGCCGGAUGAGGAGCGCUUUGCCACGUUCUUCGGUAUUAGCGAUCGUUUCUACGAGUAUCAUGUCGCUUUGAUGAAACGAAUAAAGAAGCAGCUGUACGAAGCGGAGAGUUACUAUAAUGCAGCUUCCGUAUGUGAAACGGAAGAACGUCAACUGUCCUUCUACAAUCACUGCACGAGACUGUUCAAAACGCUACAGCUUUGGUUGGAGGACACACAACUGAACCGAGUUCGACCGCAGUCGAUCGAUCUACCGCCGCAGUUCGACUGCCACCGACUGGCUUCGAUUUUCCGCGGCAAUCGCGAACAUUGGGUGGAGUUUGUGGAUUUCCGUGCCAUUCGGGCAGACCACAGAGAUCUAGCGAAUAACUGGCAGAAGCUCAGCUUUCGAUACAAACCUGUUCUUCCCACAACAACCAGUGCAUCCCCGACCCGUUCGCUGAACCCCAGCCAAAGCUGCAUCGAUCUCCGCGACCCGAAACAGUCGAUCUACAAGCGACUGGCAGCGUACGACGUUCCCGUGUCUGCUCCGGCAGUAUUUAAACCUUCCUCGCUGGUGACAACCAUAAACUUCACCACACUAUCUUCGAGUGCCCUGAUCUCCUCGCUAAAGUCCGAUUUCUCCAUCCUGGAUAACUACGUCAAGAAGGAGUUCCACCACAUGUACAACGAACAUCUGCUGCUGGACUCCCGCUACCAAGAACAGGUUCGCAAACUCUACAUCAACGAGGACAAAAUCCUCUACAAAACGGUCAACUGCGGCAGCAAAUGUCUCACGCCGAGGAAGAUUGCCGUUCGCUACCAAAACGCCAAAAUGGACCAGAACGUCCGCGCUAAUCUGACGGAGAACCGAUCGGCGCAUGAUGCGCUGCUUCAGCGCGAAACCAAACUUCCCGAUCAGGUUGUGAAAGCGUCGGUUCGGAUCGAAGCCCUGUUGCGACAGCUGGUGGAAGGCUACCAAAGCUACAAACUGUGCAACGAUGAGACGCUCUGUGCGAAGCUGAAUAAAGUUGGUACGACACUGUUCUACGAGUUCGUAGAUAAGUUGAACGACUACACCCAGCUGUGCCCUGCGACGAAGGAUGUUUGCUCGAUGGGCAUCUCGCAGCUAGGCUUUUUCAUGCAGGAAAACCAGAACACGGAAGGGAUUAAGUUGCUGAAUAUUGCGUUGAAACGUUCGGAUCUGGUUAGUUUGAUUACGGAGCUGCUAGUGCCGGCCAACUGUCCACCGCAGUACUUCCUGCGGAUGUACGGCUUUAUAAUUGAUUCGCACAUUAAGAAGUGCGAUACCCACGUGCUGUUCGUGCUGCUGUCGAAGUUCGAUAUCGUCGGCUGGAUGAACCGCUAUCGACCGAAGCUGGUGGACGUCAAUCAGCUGGUUGAAUUGGUUCUGCGCGGGCUGGAAGGUUGGAACCAGGAGAAUGCUGUGAUGAUUCAGGAUCUUGUCCAGCGUCAUCUGAUGCACCUGUUCGAGUAUGAUUUUCCCGAGCACUACGGAGACAUCCUGCAGAUGAGUUUAGCUGCAUGUUCACUAAAGAAAGUUAAACCAAAUAUUCUGCUGGACCUGGUGAACUCGGUGCGUCGUAAAGUCGGCUGCCAGCCGAUGAACUUCGGGCUUGGUUUGGUAGCGAUCAAGGAAGAAUUCCGCGCGUUUGCCACCAAACAAAAUAUCCUAUCGUAUAAGGAUAUAAUCGAUACGACCGUUCUGUUAACUCAGCACUUUCACAAGGAACGACUUAACUAUGGAUUGCACGGUUUAUAUCCGAAGCACUGUGAUUACUGCGAAGCCAUAUCACUGCUGUUGGGUUCUAUGGGACAUGCCGCCGUGGUCGCUGCUGUUCAUACCUACCCCGGCGUACUGGCCGACGAUUUAAUCAACUGGUUAUGGCCCGCAUUGUGCGACAUGUUCUCCCCGUGGCUCAUCCCGUACUUCCCUCAGAACAUGAAAGGACAACCGCAGCAACAGGUAGCGAACUGGAUCCAGCAGAUCGCCAGCGACAGUACGGUUCUUUCUCCCUGGGGAGAACUGCACGCCGACACCGCCUUCCGGAUGGUGAAAGUGUUCGAACAUUGCCUACAGUACCUGAUGGACACAUUCCCCUCGAGCAGUGCCGUCCUGGGGCAUCUGUUCUACUGGUACGAACUGAACUUCGCCCACCCGAACGUUCCCCGAUUCGUAACCGUCCCGAUUCAUACCAAUCUGAUGAACCUAGCCUGGGAUCGCUUCCGACCGGUGCCAGCACACAUCACCGGUUUCAACCGAAUCCUACAGCAAUUCAUCCCGGAAAGUCAUUCCUUCGUGGGUCACAUUUUUAUCCGGAUCGCAUGGAGCCCUUGGCUGCAGCAAAACAUUCAAACCUGGGACUACCAACUACGCUAUCAAAUGCUAUCCUCCCUAUUGAUGAUCUUCGUUAAAAUAUCCUACGAACCAAACGCCCGGGAAGGACUCAAAAUCGUAACACUACUGCAGGAAGCAUGCAACUACCCGUGGCAUCUACUCGAAUAUCAGGGUAUCGAAGCGGUCCUAGAUUGGUUCGUCCUUUCGGCGGAACCAUCCGUCGUGCUGAAAAUGCCCUCCGAAGCGGAAGCCGUGGACAGUGCCGUGCUGGAUUUGCUACAGGUCGCGGCAGCGAUGAAAUUCAACCCAAGCAAUCCGCUGGAGUCGUCCAAGAUGCAAUCGCAGAUACAGACCAAGCGAAUACUGUACGUACGCUCGACGGUUCGGCUGCUGAACGCUUGCGGAGCCAAGUAUCACAAACUGUUGGGCACGAAGCCGGGAGUGCAGGCGUUCCAUAAUGCCGUUCUGGGGUUGUUGAACACCAUCGAGACCGUACUGCUGCAGAUUAAGUUAACCAAAGAUCGCGAGUUCGAGGCGAAAAACCUGAUGGCGGAGGUGGUGGUUUCGUUGCAGUCCCAGGGAGAGAACACUUCCAAGUUAUUCAUCGAAGCCAUUAUUUUGUGGGCGGAAAAUUGUCGCACCAGCGACAGUUUUAUGAUUCCCUCGAUCCUGGAAGCAACGGGAAUGUGCAAAAGCUUCACCGUCAACCAGUACUCCCUGGUGGAGGCGAUGCUGUUUCAUUACUUCUGUAAAUCUUGGAAUGGACAGACCAGCAGUGCCAGCGGAGAGCCACUGUUGGACGCAGCCUGGUCGAAGGCAAUGCAGAAAAUUGGACCAAAAACCAUUCGACGAUACGACGAAGAACAGCUUGUGAAGCAUCGGUUUCUGUUGGUGUUGCAUCUGCUGGUUCUGCAGCGGCUGCAGGAUGCUUCCAGCAGCGGGGAGAAAAUUAUUACUCUACAAAAGUUGUUCCGGUCGGUGGAGGACUUGAAAGUGAGUGAAGUGGAUGAAAGCAAACUAAUUUUGCUGUGGAGUACGAUGGUGGUUGUCGGUGUUGAGAUGUUAAAGGUUUCAAUGAAUGUUCAGAACCAUCUACUGACCCUGGCUCGUUACCUACAGACGUGUUCCAAAGAUGCCGACGGUUGGGGCGAAGGUUUGCUGGGCGCUAUCGGCAUUCGCAAGGACGGGGUAAGUGUUCGGCGUAAGAUUCUAGCCAAGUGUCUUUCCUGCAUCGUAUUUUUGAUGUUUGGUUCGAAAGAAUCGGAGGAAGUGCUGGAAGCAACCGAAGGUCCUCCUUCGAUAGAUACCAGCAAUCGCUGCCGGGAAUACGUGCAAGCCAUGGGUGACCUAAAACAGACACUGGUCAACAAAAGGUACACCGAUGUGCACGUCAAAACGCGGGCGGCCAUUAACUUGAUCGAAAAUACCGCCAUGCUGGCGAACAUUUCCGAAAAUGUGUGCAAGAUUUUGCGACUGUUUUGUGACGAACGAUUUUUUCAUUCGGUGGAGGACGUGUGGAAGCCAUAAUCUGAACGAAAUUUUACGGUGAUAUUUUUUUUUAUUUUGCAAUAAAGGAGCAAAGCCCCUUUAACUUCUUUUAAACAAUUUAUUUAAGAGAUAAAAGGAACAAGUACAAGAACGCUUUUUCCAGUCUGAUUUGUAGCAAAAACAUCUAUUUUUUAUUACAAAACUCUAUAAACAAUUGGCUUAC